AAAUUGGACUGCCAGGCCCUCCUGGACAUGAUGGAGAAAAGGGCCCACGAGGCAAACCAGGAGAGAUGGGGCCUCCUGGUCCCAAAGGACCUCCUGGAAAAGAUGGACCUCCAGGAAUGAAGGGAGAAAUUGGCUCCAUGGGGACCUCAGGAGCAAAAGGAGAAAAGGGGGAGACUGGACUGGCUGGCUCACCAGGUCUUGAUGGCAUAACAGGAGAAAAAGGUGAUCGAGGAAUGCCAGGACCUCCAGGCCUACCGGGUCCAAUUGGGCUUCCGGGUUUUACAGGAGAGAAGGGAGAACCUGGAGAGAAGGGAAAGACUGGAAACGCGGUAACUGGCCCACCAGGGCCACAAGGCCCACCAGGAACACCAGGUCCUCAAGGUCUUCCGGGACCUAAGGGAGAAGCAGGCAUUGAUGGAAUGAAAGGUGAAAAGGGUGCUAUGGGAGAAAAAGGAGACCGAGGUCCGCUUGGAUUGCCCGGUGCUUCAGGUUUAGACGGCAGGCCUGGCCCACCGGGUACUCCAGGACCAAUUGGAGUUUCAGGGCCAGCAGGACCAAAAGGAGAGAGGGGCAAUAAAGGAGAUCCUGGAACUGCAGGACCAAUAGGGCCAGCAGGGCUUUCUGGUUUACCAGGUUCACCAGGGGAAAAGGGACAUCGGGGACUUCGAGGUUUUAAAGGCGAGAAGGGUGAGCCGGGGUUACCAGGGCUGGACGGGCUGGAUGCCCCUUGCCCAUUGGGGGAAGAUGGCUUGCCAAUUCAAGGAUGCUGGAAUAAGGGUCAAACACCUUGGCUGAUAGCUAAAUAAUGAAACAAGUAAGAGGGUGGAGAUACUUGUGGAAGGCCUACAGUGGCAAGAGAAGAACAUCCUGUCUGAAGGUUUGCUGAAGAUAUUCAACAACUUACCUCCGAGGAACACGGAAGUAUUCUUGAGCCAUGCGUGCCAGAGUUUUGUUCCUGUAUGGUGGGCCUGGUGGGGCUACGGAAGAUGGACACACCAGUGGGUUUUGCUCUCUGCUUCCAGAGGUCAGCAUGAGUGCCAGCCAUGGAACAAAUUGGGCUUCAGUGCCGCUCUUACUCUUUUUUUGUCUGCUGUAAUAAUGGAAGCCUUCGUGUGAAGACUUUUAUUCAGCAGCUGGUGUGAAGAGCCUUAGGACAUAGACAACAGUUCUAUGGUUGUUGCUUUUUUGUUAAAAGGAGCUAUAUUCUCAUCUUUCAAAAAAAUAAACUUGAAUAUUAAUUUUGAAAAGCAGCUGAUUGAAGAUGCAGUAAAACGUUUACCACCUUUCCUGAUGAUUCCAUCCUUGAACCUUUCUUAGCUUCUCUUCAAAUGCUACCAUUUAUUUUCUGCAAGAACAUUAUAAUUUUUUUGUAUAUUAAAAGAACUAAAUUUCAUAAA